CGUCAUUUCCGCUAUACCAACUGGCGGGACUUCUUCAGCUGCUACAAAUAUUAGGAACGAGUUGUUUCCAGCCAUUAUCAGAUUAUUUUCAGGCACGGAAACGAACAUAAGCCCUUAAAACAUGAUGGAAAAAAGCGGAGAAGACUCCCGAGGACCUAAAGACGACAUGGUCGUGUUCUCAAACGGGUGCCGGGAGGAGCCCUCAGGGGGGGACGGAGGAGUCUCGGAGGCUGAGUCCCGUUCCCAGGGAGCAGCAGCAGCGGUCAGCCCGCAGAAGUUCACCUUCAGCCCGAAGCCCAGCAUAGAGGACAUCCGCAGGAUGCAGGCCGACUUCACGGACGAGCGCGACUGGAAUAAGUUCCACCAGCCCCGCAAUCUGCUCCUGGCCAUGGUAGGGGAGGUGGGCGAGGUGGCGGAGCUCUUCCAGUGGCGGGGAGAGGUGGCGGAGGGUCUGCCGGACUGGACCGAGUCCGAGCGGGAGCAGCUGGCGCACGAGCUGAGCGACGUGCUCAUCUACCUGGUGGAGCUGGCCGAGAAGUGCCGCGUGGACCUUCCCCAAGCGGUGCUGCGCAAGAUGGCGCUGAACCGACUCAAAUAUCCCGCUAGCAAGGUGCACGGCUCGGCCAAGAAAUACACAGAGUACAAGGACUGAGAGCUGGGGGGAGUAGAUAAAACUUAACGUUUUAUUUCCAGAGACUCACUGGACUCUUGUCUGCUAUAAGAACCCAGCUUUUCCGGAUUCUGGUUCCCCCCGUUACAGACUCAGAGUUUCAGGGAAGAAGCUGUUUCUCCCUGAAGUCCCAGUUCAGGAGCUUUAAGAUUUCAGUUCAAAGGUCACAGUCUGGAUUAAACUGUCCACCAUAACACGGAAACAUCGAGAGGGAUUAGUUCAUUUUUGUUUUUAACUAGGUAAUUUUUGUAAACAUUUUUGUCCAAAUCAGUUUUCUUUCUUUUUUUUUUUUUUUUUCUUUUUUUUUUUUUUUUUUUUUUUUACUUUAAAAUAGUAAAAUAUUUAAAAAUCUGAGCUGUGUUCUGUGUUUCUGACAUAACCAUAAACCUGUUGAGUUACUAGGAUUUUAUUUUAUUCCCUUGUCAGGAGGAUAAAUGUGGAGUAAAAUGACAUUUAUAAAAAAAAUGAAAGUCCAAUUCCAUUUAGCAAAAGUUUCCGAUAUAGUUGAGGAACAUUUUGCCAUCUUUUUGUAAUCUGUUUAAGAGUCAAUUUUAAUUUGAAAGAAUUUUGAAUUAUGUUUGACUGGAUUCUUUCUUUUGUAGCUGAAUUAAACAGAUGUUAUGGAUUUAAAA